UUGGUUACACACGGUGGUGUACAGCACUCAGUGUGCACUUUGCGUUACUGUCUAGUUAAAUAGUUUUUUUAAAAUUACUAACUAAAAUCCCAGCGUAGAUUAUAUUUAAUUAGUCUAUACUUUUAAAUUUUAUAGCAAAUCUUAUAAUCUCUUGCUGAAUUGUGAAACAUUUAGUUUGUUGAAACAGUGGCAUCACAAAUAUUAACAAUUAUGUUUGUAAUAGGUGUCGUUUAAAUAAUAACCAACAAGGUACUGUUAUUUCAGUACCCGCGUAGCUAUUUGUCACGAGAAAACUGUUCGUAGUUGGUGCUAAAAUUAGUGUCUACUGUUAUAGGUUGUGAAGCAAGAUGGCAGAAGCGCAUUCUGCGGUCGCCUUCUCCUUCGCUAUCACGCACGACGGAUGGGACGUCAACUUCGACCGUGAAGUAUUGUACCUCGUGUGGGAGUCCGGUAUUCGCUCGUGGAAGAAGAGGCUAGCGCGCUUCAGAAACAGCAUCCAUAAUGGCGUGUAUCCGGGACACCUACAAUCUUUAUACUUUCUGUGGACUGUUCUUGUGGCCGCUCACUUUGGAGGUGUCAACAUACCCUUCGGAUUAGUACAAAAAGCCCUGACCAUACUGCCCGGCGCGUCGCCGAUGUGGCAGGUGAUCGCGUGCCUACUGGCCGCGCUCACCAUGUGGCUCUCCGUUAUAUUCCUGAUGCGCUACUUGCUCAAGCUUCUCCUGAUGUAUAAGGGCUGGAUGUACGAGUCCCGCGCGCCGGGCUCCAAGAUAUCGAUGAGGACUAUGUUAUGGGCGAGCGUGGUGAAAGUACUCUCAGGCUGGAACAAACCACGGCUAUACAGCUUCCAGGGUUCGCUGCCGCGCUUGCCGCUGCCCGCUGUCAAGGACACCAUGAGACGGUACCUUCUAAGCGUGAGGCCGCUGCUGGACGCCGACAACUACCUCCGCGUGGAGAGACUGGCCAAGGAGUUCGAGGAGACUAUCGCCGUCAAGUUGCAGAGAUAUCUCGUCCUAAAGUCAUGGUGGUCCAGCAACUACGUGUCGGACUGGUGGGAGGAGUACGUGUACCUGCGUGGACGCUCGCCGCUCAUGGUCAACUCCAACUUCUACGGCACGGACACACUGCUGCGGCCCACGAGCGUGCAGGCGGCACGUGCCAGCACCAUCAUACACUUCUGUCUUAAGUUCCGACGGCUGAUCGAGCGCCAGGAACUCGAGCCGAUAAUGUUGCAAGGCAUGGUUCCGCUAUGCUCGUGGCAGUACGAGCGGCUGUUCAACACGACGCGCGUACCCGGCGUGGAGACGGACAAACUGGUGCACUACCGCGACUCGGCGCACGUGACGGUGCUGCACCGCGGCCGCUAUUACAAGGUGCUGGUGUACUCGCGUGGACGACUACUGAACCCGGCCGAGAUUCAAGUGCAAAUCCAGCAGAUCCUGGACGACGAGGCGGAGGCCAGUCCGGGCGAGGCGCGGCUGGCAGCGCUAACGGCGGGUGAGCGCUCGCACUGGGCGCACGUGAGGCAGACGCUCUUCAACCGUGGACACAACCGCACGUCGCUGCACUGCCUCGAGCGCGCUGCUUUCCACGUUUGCCUGGACGACAUCGAGUACGGGUUCGACGAGACGGAUUCUGCCAAGCUGGACCGCUACGGUCGCGUCCUGCUGCACGGCUCCGGACAGGACCGCUGGUUCGACAAGUCCUUCAACCUCUGUUUCAGCACCAACGGCUCGGUGGGCUUCAAUACCGAACACACAUGGGCGGACGCGCCGGUGAUGGGGCACUUGUGGGAAUACGUUAUUUGGUCUGAAUUAGAAUAUGGCUACGACGAGUCCGGCGACGCCCGCGGCGCCGUGGAGGCUCCGCCGCCGGCGCCCGUGCGCCUGCGCUGGGAGUUCAGCGAGCCGCUGCUGGCCGCCAUCGACCAGUCGCACACCGUCGCUACGCAGCUGCUCAACGACGUCGAUCUGCGCAUUCUUAUGUACACCGCCUACGGCAAGGGGUUCAUGAAGAGCUGUCGCGUGUCGCCCGACGCGUUCAUUCAGAUGGUGCUGCAGCUGGCGUACUUCCGAGACGCGGGCCGCUUCUGCCUCACGUACGAGGCGUCCAUGACGCGGCUGUUCCGAGAGGGACGGACCGAGACCGUGCGCUCGUGUACUCUUGAGAGUUCCGCCUGGGUGCGCUCCAUGCUCGAUCCGAAUGCGACGGUGGAGCAGCGCAUGUUGCUGUUCGUGAAGGCGAGUAAUCGUCACCAGUUGGGCUACCAGGAUGCCAUGGCGGGCCGCGGUAUCGAUCGGCACCUCUUCUGUCUCUACGUCGUGUCCAAGUACCUCGAACUAGAAUCACCCUUCCUGCAGGAGGUCUUUAACGAGCCGUGGCGUCUGUCAACCAGUCAGACCCCACACGGUCAAACGAGCAUGCUGGACCUCAAGAAGUACCCGAAGUGUGUGAGCGCAGGCGGCGGCUUCGGCCCCGUCGCGGACGACGGCUACGGCGUCUCCUACAUCAUCGUCGGCGACGACACGCUCUUCUUCCACGUGUCCAGCAAAAUCAGCUGCCCCAUCACAAGCUCCACGAACUUCGUGAAACAGAUCGAGAAGUCGCUGCAAGACGUCCACGACCUCUUCGCGGAAUACAAGAAGACGAAAGGCAAAUAGUCGCGUGCAAGUGUGCGUUUCGUUGUUUUAGAUUUGUAUUGUGCGGUUUUGUUUUUGUUGUAAUUAAUUAUUCUGUUGUUCAUGCGUCUAUCAUCAUUGUAUUAUUUUAAGUGAAAACAACGCAAGUAUUUUAAAUAAUUAUCAAUCACAAUUUCGUGCAUUCUUUGUUUCGUUUACUAAAUAAAUAUUUACAAUUCAUCAAUGCAAUCCUGCAAUACUGCUUUAAAAUAUUGUAGUUACGUUUGCAGUAGUCGUUGACGCAAUGUAUCGCCGAUACUCGAAUAGCCUAGAGGAGCGGCCGCUCGGGGCCGCGACCAGUCGAGGGAAUUGUUAAAGAUUUGUAUUGAUAUUUUAUUUUGGUAUCGCUUGGAGGUGAGGGUAAUAAAUAUUUCUUAAUUUUAAUGUUAUUUAUUGAGUCUUAGUAAUGGCCACCAUGGAGCGGGGGGGCAAACCACGUACGAUUGCUUUUACAUGCGCAUUUUGUAUAUUUAUCUUACUUACAUUUCUUAUAGUGUUCCCUUGUCAGUUUAGUGAGUAUUUUUCUCCUCACGUAAUAAGUACAUAGGAAUUCGUUUCCGGAAGCACAGAUGUGUAGUCCAUUGCAGCGGCAGGGGAAGUAAAUAAACAUCUUUGACCUUCAAUUGUGACAAAUGUACUGAAUGAGUUGUUCGACGAAUGAAUGACCUGGUAACGAAUGAUUGAUCGAUGAUUACACGUGUUCUCAGCGGUCACGUCGUGGAGCAGACUUACGUCUUCUGCCAAUUUCAAAGUUUAACUUUGGAAUUUUAGUUAAUUAAUAUUGAAUUAAUAAUAAUCAUAACUUACAAUAAUUAUAUUCAAAAUUUCUAAAAUACGUCUCUAAAUCUCCAACUGUUUGUAGUGCAUAAAUAUAUGCUAAAGGAUAAUCGCGUGGAUUAUGUAAAGCUAAGACUUAUUUUAUUUCAAUUCUCCUGCCUUUGAAUGGCCUACACGUUCAAACCACAAGAAUCAUUAAAUAGUUUAUUCUUUAUGUAUUAAAAAUAAAUGGAAUUGACCUCAAGUGAAAAUAACAUUUCUGAUAGUACAAAUAUCUUCCAUAUCUCCUAAGUUCGCGUUCGUUCGACGUCUCUAGUUUACGUCGCCUUCGUGCAAUUCGGAACUCGUCGUCUGUGGACUUAUUGUAGAACCUGAUGAAGCACUAGUACUGAGCAGCUAGUUUAAAAAACUUUAUAAGUAAUGUAUUUUGUUAUUGUUAUACACAUGGUUUUACAAUAUUAAUUAUAGCUUCAUAAUAAUACUAUACGAUAUGUACAAAACUGAUUAUUUCUGUGGCCUUAAAGAUUAUAGUGGAUAUCUAUACAAAUAUUAUAGCAGUAAGACGAUUUUAAAAGAAAUUAUACUAAUUUUAUAAACGUAUUAUCCUCAAUCAAUUUAUUCUGAUAUAAUCCAAUUAUUGAUUAAAUUUGUUACUUACACUUUUAUAACAGUUUAUUGUAAAUAAAUUAAUAAUAAAAUAAGUCUACUAUCAUGAAAA